CGUCAACAAAAACGUCAAUCGUCGAUUGUUGUUGUUCAGUUUUUUGGAAGCGAAACGAAGUUUUUAUUUUAGAAAGUGCUAUAUUUUUUACUCUUUUUGUAAGAUUUUAAUCAAAAAUGAGUCCGGAGAAGAUGUGUCGACUCUGUAUGGGUCGCUCAAAUCUCAUACACUCCGUGCUAGAAAACAAUCUUCUUCAAAAGAUUGCUAUUUGUGUUAGCAUUAUGAUCAAUCCGUCGGAUACGUUGUUCCCGAUGGAACUGUGCGCACUUUGCGUGCUGAAAGUCCAGGACUUUUUCGAAUUUCGGCAGAAUUGUUUGAAAGUUCAGCAACUUUUGGAGCAGCGCAAUGAAACUCAAAUCGAAGAUGAUCCUCCAGCUCAACCAGUUUUGGCGGUCAAAGAGGAAAAGGUGGAGAAACCAUCUGCAAAGCCGUCGAUUGAAAUACCACAAAUUACAAAGCUUGAAGUGAUUCUCGAUGAGGAAGAGGAGUUAGAUUGCUUGAAUGAAAGUCCGGAGCUGGAAGAAGUAUCGAUUGUGGAAACGGACGUGGACCGGACUAUUGAAGAACUGGAAGAAAUACCUGACGAAGAUGUUCUAAUGGACGAUUUGGUGGAACAGGAUGAUGUGAUUUUUGAAGCCGAUUCUGUUGCUGAAACGGAACAAGAGCAAGAAAGCGAAACUCAAACUACAGAGGAUAGAAGUAUGGACUAUCAUAUUGAAAUGAUCGAAUUUAAUUUUGCACAGAAUCCUCAGGAGAACGAAUUGGAAGAACAGGCAGAUGAAGGACAAGAAUCACCUAUCCAAGACGUUCAUUUACCAGAAGUAGAAAAGAACGAGUCCAAUCCUGAACUUAUUGAACAUAAUCUUCAAGAAUUCGAAGAGGUUUCAGUAAAGGAUACCACGAGCUCAUCAUUCUUUAGCAGGGCCAAAGCACGAAAGAAAUACAACGGCCCCAAACCGCCAAAGCCCAACCUUAGCGAGAAGGAAAUUUAUCAGUCUCUGCUGCAAACUUGCGAUACUUGUGGCAAAUCGGUAGAACGAAACCGCAUGGAGGGCCACCGGAAUCGUCACCUCGAUGUAAGACCGUACAUCUGCGGCGUGGAAAGCUGCGGUAUGGCCUUCCACUGUAAAAUUUCCCUGAGGCUUCACACCAAGAGUCGACACGGAACGGAGCAGCUGCAUUGUGACCUUUGUGGGAAAAGUUACACCUCCAGGAAGGCUCUCUACCACCACAAGAAGGAAAGUCACGCCGAGAAGCAUUAUGCGUGCGAAGAGUGCGGUCUGGUGUUCGUCUCCAAUGCUCGUUUAAACCGCCACAAGGUGACCCACACGGACCAGCGGGAGUUCAAAUGUCCACACUGUCCAAAGGAGUUCUAUCGGAGCAACAACCUGAAAGUGCACCUCCGUAGCCACACGAAAGAGAAACCCUUCGGUUGCCCCUCGUGCGAUAAAGCUUUCGGGUAUCAACGGUUGUUGCGGGAACAUGUAAAUCGACACCACUAGAAGUACAGUACAUAUUUUACUAAUAAAUGAGGUUUUGCAUGACGAAACAAAA